AUGAGUCAGUUCAAAGAAAUAGCUUCUCCUCCAUGGGGCUCAUUGCCCGUUGAGUGUUAUCUGCUUAGCAAAUGGGACUCUUCCUUGAGCCUAUCAGUCGAAGAACAGCGAGAGGCGCUUGUAAAAGCCUUUAUCCAAGAAAAUGACAUCUCAGACUUCACUUCAAUCUCAGGAGAAGCACUGGCAGUGGACAGACAAGAGCUGAUCCAAACAGUACUAGUACCCUGGCGUUCGCAGAAGCUUCGUCGCAUAGCUGAGAAAUACAAUCCUGGAAAGUCCCUGUUUGACGUAAUUAUCGUCUUACGCACUUACUAUGGCGGUGACAGUGACAAUAAGUUCAGUCGCUGGAUUAAGGAUGCGUCCGACACAUUCGACGAUAUGGAUCCAUCUGGCGAUCUGUUUGGGCCAUUUAAUGAACGCUGGUGGCGCGUCUUCGAUGACCCUUCUCUCUUCGAUAUGGGCUCUCAAGAAUGGCAGGCUGUAUAUACAGUCCUCCCAGAAUUAGCCACGCCAGAACUACAGCGAGAGUUUAACGAUCAAGACGUACGAGAGGCGAAGGAAUUGGCGUCGUGCGUUUGCGACUCCCGAAACCCAGAAGAGGGUGACUACGAAGAUGCCAUUUGUGCAACAGCUAAUAUUGGAUUCUGGUUGAUCGUCGCUGACGAAGAGGCUUUCAAUGACAAGCAAUUACUUCUGGUCUUUAUGGAUAAGAAGGGCAAUGUUGUCAGACAAGCAGCUGUCAAUCCGAACGAUUUACCCAAUCUACCUCAUUAUAUCCUACGCGGAUCAAUCACUGAAUCUGGGUUUUGGAGUGAUGCAGAAGUGGGAAAGAAGUACAAGACACGAGGGCAGAUUAUGCGCGCAGUACUACCGCUUGUCAUGGCUGAGUCAAAGUGA